AUAAAGAGACGAAAGUGCAAAAAGCGUCUCCAGUAUGGGUUGGGAAGGCUGCAGCCUUUGCAAACACUUCGGUGUUGAAAAUGUGGGGGCAUAUCUUUAUUGCAUUCUGGUAAAUGGGGCACCUGAAGCCUUAAUAACAGCGCUCAGCCUUAAAUAAGGUUUAGGAACUCUCGGCAAUAUACGCAAAAUUAAUUAGACUAGAGGGCACUGUUCCUCGUUUGUAAAAUAGAUGAGUUUAACAGCUCUUCCAUGGUUAUUUCCGAAGGCUGGGGCAAUAAAUGUUUGCAGGCGCCCUUACUUCCGUGUUGCUUCAUACUCUCCCUGCGCAUGCGCCAGUUUCUUGGAGCAGAGGCGGGUCUGACUAGUCUGUUUUUGUAGCCCUCCAGUCUUUAGCUCGCUUAGAACACGAGACUCACAGCUUAUUGGAGGAUAACCUUGCUUUACGGCUUAAGGUUGCUUUUUACGACAUUUUCCGGCUUCCCAUUCACUUCGCGGUGAAGAUGGCGUCGGGCAGUGGGACAAAAAACUUGGACUUUCGCCGCAAGUGGGACAAAGAUGAAUAUGAGAAGCUUGCUGAGAAGAGGCUCACGGAGGAGAGAGAAAAGAAGGAUGGAAAACCAGUGCAGCCAGUCAAGCGGGAGCUUCUCCGGCAUAGGGACUACAAAGUGGACCUGGAAUCCAAGCUUGGGAAGACAAUUGUCAUUACCAAGACCACACCACAGUCUGAGAUGGGAGGAUAUUAUUGCAAUGUCUGUGACUGUGUUGUGAAGGACUCCAUCAACUUCCUGGAUCACAUUAAUGGAAAGAAACAUCAGCGAAACCUGGGCAUGUCUAUGCGUGUGGAACGUUCUACCUUGGAUCAGGUGAAGAAACGUUUUGAAGUCAAUAAGAAGAAGAUGGAAGAAAAGCAGAAGGAUUAUGAUUUUGAGGAAAGGAUGAAGGAGCUCAGAGAAGAAGUAAGGCUCUCCCGUCCUCCCCUCUUCCUUCCCUCAGCCUGGAAUUUUAUGUUAGGGAGCACAGGGAGGCUAACUUUCACUUUUUUAAAAAUCAGGAACUGGUAUUUAUUAUCAAAUCUUUUUUUAAUUGAUUCUAGAGAGAGAGGAGGAAGGGAAAGGGAGGGGGAGAGAGAGAAACAUCAGUGUGAGAGAAAUAUCGAUCCGUUGCCUCCUGACCCAGUAUGUGCCUUGCCCGGGGAAUCAAACCAAGACCUUUUGGUGUACGGAACAAUACUCCAACCAUCUGAGUCACCUGGCCAGGGAGAGGCUGACUUUCUCAUUCCACUGCUGCCCCCAGAGUACAGUUCUGUCUUCUGAAUUUCUGUAUAUUAGGGGAAACAUUUAUUGCCCUUGUUUGGGACUCUCUUGAGUUGAAGGAAAUGGCUCUAAACCUUUCUUUUUUUCCUGGAUUCCCUGAGCCAAAUUUUUUACUACAGGGGCGAUUAAAAAUGUACCCAGUCCCCAAGAGGCUAGUGGACUAGGCUGGCUGGAUCAGAAAUCUGUUUUCUCCACUUACUGGCUGUGAAUCUUGGGCAAUUUAUAUAAACUGUCUGUACCUGAGUUUCCUCAUAUUAGAGAUCUUAGUAUAUAAUAUACUUAAAGCGCUUAGACCAGUUCCUGGCAUGUGCUACAUUCCCCAGAAUGUUGGUUGCUAUUAAUUGGUUUUGCUCCUACAACCUUGUUAAGAACUAGAAAUGAACUGGAAUGUAGGAUUGAGACGUGCUCUCCACGGGCUAAAACUUCUCUUUCUUGUUCUUUAUACUCCUUACUGUGACUUUUCCUUUGCUUUUGAAAUUUUACUUGUCUUUAACUAUUUUCUCCUAAAAAUAGAAAGGAAUCUUGAAGCUUAUCUGUCUCUUUCAACAAUGUUUGGCUCAGGAGUCUGAACUGAUUCUGAGUGAUUCCCCCCCCAGGAGGAAAAGGCCAAAGCCUACAAGAAGGAGAAACAGAAGGAGAAGAAAAGGAGGGCUGAGGAGGACUUGACAUUUGAGGAGGAUGAUGAGAUGGCAGCUGUGAUGGGCUUCUCUGGCUUUGGUUCCACCAAGAAGAGUUACUGAGGCCUUCUGUGCUUGGCCCUUUGCUGGGCUUAACUUUGAGUGGGGGGGUGUCGUUUUUUGAGGGGAGUACUUGGGAAAGUUCUUCAGAGUGGCAGUGGGGAUGGCUGGGGAGGGCUGGUGUUUGUGAUUUCCUUCUACCUGGAGAGAGAGCACAGGACGCAGAGGGAAUGCUGUGGCAUGUUCCUUCAGCCUCAGUAUAUCGCUCGAGUCACAGGACCUCUGCCCAUCUGAGUUCCCAAUAAAGAAAAACCUCUUCUGAGGCUACUUUCCCAAAACUUUCCCUGCAUCUUUCCCUCUUCAUCUAUCCAGUCUUCUCUGAGCAUCCUACAUUUAUUCUGUGUUCUGCCUUUAAUUUUGACUCUUGCUUGGCCUGCAGCGGAAAGGUUCUCUGGGUCCUGUUUCCAGUUGAUACUAUAUUCUUGACCAGCCACCUCCCCCACUUCCCUCAUUCCCCACUGUGGUCCUCUGGCCACCUGUGCAUGCAUGUGUACUUCUGCCCGGGUCAGUAGUAUGUGUGGGUGUGUGUGCAUGAAAUCUGUCACAUAGAGGGAGCCUGAACUAAAACCUCAGAGCAUUACCGCCUUGAGGCCUGAUGUUCUUGGUUUCCUCAGUGCAUGUAACAGGAAACUAAAUGGGAUGAGUGCUUGGUGUGGUUUUUGUCUGCUGAGUUUUUUAACCUUUGUUUUUCAUAUGUAGACUGUUCAGCUAUUCCUGUUUGUUUUAUUUGAUUGAGGAUUACUCUGUUUUUGUCUUCCUUGUGAGCAGGCUCUUGGAAGAACCUGUUUGAUGCAAAAAAGAUAAUGGGGGAAAAAUACCCUCAUAUGGGAGCCCUUGGGUCUCAGAGGCUGUUCAACAUGUAUAAUAAAUGGCAUUGAUGGGCCUAUUUCACAUUUGGUGGGAACACUCCA